UUUAAAUAUAACGGUGACAUGUUUGCUGUUUAUUAAUUAGAAAUGACGAGUCGAAAUAUAUCUUUGUUGAUAUGGUGUGAUGGUCGUAUUGUGAGUUCUCCGUGUGGAAUAGAAUACCACGGGGGUCGUCCGGUUAAUAUGGCGCUUAGCGAGAGAAUGAGUUUCGAAGAAUUACAAAAUAUUUGUAGAAGAGCAGUGUCUACCGACGGGGAAGUAGAAAUUUCAAAAAUCUACUUUCGGCUUCCAAGAAUAGUUGAGGGUGCGGUACGGUCGUACUCGUUGUUUUCUGUGGAGAAUAACGAGCAUGUGUUUGGAAUUCUGAACGAGGUCGUGCGGUAUCCGCAACUAGAGAUUUUGGAAUUGUACGUGGAAUACGAGGCCGUGGUUCGCAACAAGACUUUACUAGAUCAGUUGGUCUUAGGUGAUUCAAGCGGGUCUGAGAGGGGUAGUGGUGAAGAGGAAGAAGAGGAAGAAGAGGAUUUCUACGACAGCAACGAAGAGGAUGUCGAGGAAGACUUAGGAGCAGAUUCACAAUAUGAGUCGCAACUUCCUGAGCAUGUAAGAACGGCGGAUCUUUGCGACUUUGACGUCGCCCCGGAGGCUGAUGAAAAGAUUAUGUGGGAUCCUGGGAUGGAAUUCCGAGUAGGGAUGGUAUUCCCAAAUCGCGAUGCCGUCCGAGCUUGUGCGACUACUUAUUCGGUCGGGGUGGGAAGGGAGUUCAAGGGUCGCCGGACUACCAACUCCACAAUAGUGUUGGCUUGCAGGCAGAACCCUGUAUGUAAAUGGUGGCUGCGCGCUACACUUCUGCAAGCAACUCAGAGGUGGACGUUGACAAAAUAUAUUGGCCCGCACACGUGCAAUCAGCUGUUACCUGAUCCAAACCAUCGGAAUUUUGGGUCUGUUGCAAUCGCAGACUAUAUCAAGGGUCAAGUAAAGCUGCAACGUGAUAUACGGAUCGAUACCCUCAGAGCUGGAAUUUGGAAACAAGUUGGAGUUAGGCCUCCGUAUAAACGAACCUGGAAUGCAAAGGAAAAGGCAAUAGCUGAUGUUUACGGUGGCUGGUAUGAAUCAUUUGGUAUGGUUCACAAGUUCAUGAACGAGAUGAUGCAUGUCAACCCUGGAUCUUUCUGGGAUGCAGAAGGCGCUGAGGUGUACACCGACGGGAUCCUUCAGCCGAAAGUCGUAACGUUCAACCGAAUGUUCUGGACUUUCAAACCGGUCUACUUCCACUUCGAUCCUACAGCCACUACAGACAGACGGGGGGAGUACUAUGGCCCGACUCAGUACUACGGUUCCACUUCCACUUCAGCAUCACAGCCUCCGUGGCAUCAGACCUAUUUCCCACAGGGACCCCAGGUAUCAUCGUAUCAGGUCCCGCCUUCGUCGAUGCCGUUUUUUGAGCCGUCGUACGGACAGACAGCAUAUACCACUUCUCUGGGCACACCACCGGCGUCUCAGUUCCAGCAGGCCACACCACCGGCGUCUCAGUUCCGGCAGGCCACACCACCGGCGUCUCCGUUUCAGCAGACCACACCACCGCCGUUUGCUGCAUCAGAUCAGUAUUACCGUCCAGCGCCAUAUACAGAUGCUCAACCGUUCACGUCUUUCGAUCAGUGUUACCGUCCCACGAUGCCUUCGGAUGAUCAGCCGUCGACGUCACAUUCGCGGCCAUCUUCUUCUCACCAGGCCCAGGAUCCAUCACAGCUACAUUUUACACUGUCAUAGUCAUGGUUAUUCGGUCCGGAGAUCGGUUCAGAGGCGUACGAGGAGCUUUUAUCACGACCGGAUCUCACACCUCCAUCUUUUAGACUCCUACCGCCCACAAAGGAGGAGACCGGUACUGCACCACCACCAGCAGACGUUCAGCAUUCAGCUCAGGACGAGGACGCCCACGACAGCGGCGAGAGCCCUCCGGUACCCAGACAGUUUCACUCGAUCACAGACAGCUCGCGGCACCGACGAGAGACUCACAGUUUGAGGAUACAGAGACCGAGGACUCGUAGAUAUGAGGAUUAGAUUUCAUAUUUUUCUUUAUUUAUCGAUUUUUGUAUUUUAGUAUAUGUUGUAUGUUUACUAUAUUAUGUAUAUUAUAUUCGUGUGUUAUAAUUGUUAUUUUUU